AUGUUGUCGCGACCGACGUCGCCGGGGCUGGUGCACGCGCAGUCGUCGCGGGUGUCGAGCGGGGAAGAUGCGAGCGGGUCGAGGGUUAUUCGACCGUCCGCGGUCACCGCGAACGGGCGCCGGACGAACGUCGCCGCGCGCGCGAGCGGGUCGAACAAGGGGGAAUUCACGUCCAGGACGAGCCCAUCCCUAGUGCAGUGGCACGGAGGAAAACGUGGCGACGUCGCGCGCGCCGAGGCGUAUAACAAGGAUAAACUCGGGUCCUCGAGCGCUGGGUCGAGCGAUUGGAAAAAGAUCUUGACGCAGGAGAGCGAUGAGGUCGAGGCGCGAGCGAUGCGGGCGGAUAAGGUGAAGCCGCGCGCCAUCAUGGACUCGGCGAGAGACGUCGACGCGAGCGCGGACGACGAGGACGGAGACGUCGCGUUCGACGUGAAUGACUUGAGCGCGAUGGAGGCGCAGAUGGCAAAAUUGCUCUUGGCGGUGGAUGAGACGACGCGAGCCACCGACGCGUCGGCGGUGACGCCGACACUGGAGGAGUUGGCCAUGUUGGAAAAGUCACUCAUGGACGACGACGAGGCCAACGCGAGCGUGGACAUUCCCGAGCGCGAAAAGUUAACACCCAAGAAGACGACUCGCAAGACGACGUCUCAACAAGGCACCACGCGCUCCAAGGCGAGCGCGCGAGCGUCCUCGAGCUUGGCGUCGCCAGAGGAUAAGGUUGAGGUUGAGUCGGGUGUCGUCACCACGGGUUUGGCGGCGCGAAGCGCGCGCGCUCGCGCCGUCGCGCGCGGCGUGCGAAGCCGACCGACUAAGACGUCGGUGUCUCAAAUGGUUCAGGCACAGACCAAGGAACGCGUGCGCGGGGUCAACCUCGAGCCGCGAAAGGUGCAAAAGCAGUCGGCGAUGCGCAUUGGGAACAAGCGCCCGUCGACGGACUCCAUGCGCUCCUAUCUCAAGGACAUCGGUUCCGUCACGCUCUUGAACGCGGGUCAAGAAGUUGAACUGGCGAAGCGCAUUCAAGAUCUCAUGCAUCUCGAGAGCAUUCGCGAGAAUCUCAUCGAGGAGACCGGACCCGGCGUUGAGCUCUCCGAAUCUCAGUGGGCCGCGGCGGCCGGGUUGAACGUGUCGGCUCUUCGUCAGCGCUUGCACGAUGGCAAGGCGGCCAAGAACGAGAUGAUUCAGGCGAACUUACGUUUGGUGGUCUCUAUCGCGAAGAAGUACGCCAACACCAACAUGAGCUUCCAAGACUUGAUCCAAGAGGGGUGCGUCGGUUUGAUUCGCGGCGCUGAAAAGUUUGAUUUCCAGCGGGGUUACAAGUUUAGCACGUACGCUCACUGGUGGAUUCGCCAGGCGGUGACGCGAUCGAUCAGUGAUCAAAGUCGCACAAUUCGAUUGCCCGUGCACUUGUUCGAGAUCAUCAGCAGAAUUUCCAAAAUGGAGCAAAAGUUUGCCCUGUACAACGGCCGCCCUCCAACCCUGGAGGAAAUCGCGUCGGAGAUGGAAAUGUCUGUCGAGAAGAUCACUCAAAUCAAAAAGGCUGCUCAAGCGCCGGUGUCUCUCGCGCAGACCAUGGGUGGUGAAAACAAGGGCCGAACCAUCGAGGACACGCUCAUUGACGCCAACGCCGAGGGCCCGGAAAAGGUCAGCGGCAAGUCGCUCCUCAAGGAGGACUUGGAGAACGUCCUGAACACGCUCAACCCGCGCGAGCGCGACGUGUUGCGCCUUCGUUAUGGCUUGGACGACGGUCGAGUGAAGACUCUGGAAGAGAUUGGUACGGUUUUCUCUGUGACUCGCGAGCGCAUUCGCCAAAUUGAGGCAAAGGCGCUUCGCAAGCUCAAGCAACCCUCUAGAAAUCAGGUCUUGCAGGAGUACUUCGUCGACGAUGCGCCGCCGAACACGCACAGGCCUUGA